GUUGUGUUGGCUAGCUUUAAAGCAAUACGACUUUGUGCAGUCGGUCCAAUUGUCAUAUUCGUUUGCUUAAUCCUAUUGCUUUUCUUUCUUUUUUGUUUAUUUUAAAAUACGUCAUACUAAGACGCUGCUAGUAGUAACUUAAAUGACGCUAAUCAGUUUUACAAAAUGAAAAAACUAAUUAAAAUAAAAGUCGCCCUACGCAGCCUGCGUCGUAACUUAGGAGACGUAUUGUUUACUUCCGGGUUGUCAGAGUGGUAAACAAGAGCAGCGGCAGCAGCAGUAAAGCGGAUUAAAGCCGUGCAGAGAUGGCAGGGGAGAGUGAGGACGAGAUACCAGAAUCAGGAGCUGUUUUUACUUUUGGAAAGAGCAAAUUUGCUGACAAUGUUCCUAGCAAAUUCUGGUUAAAAAAUGACAUUCCAUGCAAAAUAGCCUGUGGUGAUGAACACACUGCCUUAAUAACAGAAAAUGGGAAACUCUUCAUGUUUGGUAGCAACAACUGGGGCCAACUGGGUCUGGGAUCCAAAGUGACUGUGAACAAGCCCACGUGUGUCAAAGCUCUGAAGUCUGAGAAAGUUCAGCUGGUGGCCUGUGGAAGAAACCACACCCUCAUUAGCACCGCUAAAGGAAAAGUGUACGCCUCUGGGGGGAACAGUGAGGGUCAGUUGGGGCUGGGUCACUGUGAGGAGAGGACAUCGUUUCAGCACCUCGACUUCUUUGAUUCACAUGGGCCAAUCAAAAUGCUGGCUGCUGGGUCCAACACGUCAGCUGCUCUUACUGAGAGCGGUAAGCUGUUCAUGUGGGGGGACAACACAGAGGGUCAGAUCGGUUUGGGGAAGGAGAGUCACUCGUCUUUGCCACAAGAGGUCGGUGUGGGAAAACCGGUCAACUGGGUGUCCUGUGGAUACUACCACUCUGCCUUAGUCACAGUUGAUGGCGCUCUGUACACGUUUGGUGAGCGAGACAGCGGUAAACUAGGCCUGGGUACAGAACAGCUCUCCAAACACAGAGUUCCUCAGCAGGUGAAGACCAUCAAGGGGCGUGUGACUCAGGUGAUGUGUGGAGGAGGACACACCGUGGCUCUGACAGAGGACGAAGUGUAUACCUUCGGCCUGGGUCAGUUUGGUCAGCUAGGUCACGGCACGUUCAUUUUUGAGUCUCGGGUCCCCCGUCUGGUGGAACACUUCAAAAAAGGACACGUCAGUCAUGUGGACUGUGGGGAAAACCACACCGCUCUCAUCACUGAUGAAGGUCUCCUGUACACCUUUGGAGAUGGCAGACAUGGAAAACUGGGACUUGGAGAAGAGAAUUUUGCAAACCAGUUCAAACCAACUCUGUGUCCACGUUUCCUCGAAUACCACGUUCAAUUAGCUGUGUGUGGGGGAUGUCACAUGGUGGUCCUGGCACGACCCCGGGAUCAGAACCGCAGUGACACUGUGACUCUGGAGCAGGACGACGUGACGGAAGAUCCCCUGGAGAAGCCAUACGUGGAGCUGCUGGGAGACACGGGUGGCUUGUCCACCCUGCAGAGAAGUCUCUCUGCCAGGGUUCGAAGGAGAGAGAGGGAUAGAUCUCCAGAUCAGUUUGGUGCGGUUCCUCUUCGACUGGUUCCACCUGAGCUGAGCCACAGGAAGCUGACGAACGGCAGCCACAGAGCAGAGAGAGUGGAGCCUCAGCAGCAGGUGCAGACAGAGGGCGAUAGAGAUAGUGCUGUUGAGAGUCUGAGUGACACAGAGAGCGUCAAAGGACUGGGCGAAACCACGGACUUUCUCAACAUGACACAUGUGAUGAAGAUGGAUCCUGAAGACAAGAGUCUGAGCCUGUCUCCUGUUCAGAAGAGGAGAGUAAAACACGGUAAGGCCACGGUAGACAAGCAAAUGAAAGAGAGCGGUCUCUUAAGAGGAAGCACUCUCUCUUCCACGUCCCUGUCUCGCAAGAGCGAAGCCGAGUCACUUUGCUGUAGGUUAGGUGCAGAGAGUCCACUGAGCCUCAGUGCUUCAGCCAGUCAGAAGGCAGUGAGGCGGAACAGGGAAAAGCGAUCACAGGACAUGGGUAAAAGCAAAGUAAUUGAGGUUGUCAAGAGGCAGAAAACAGAUUCAGGCGAAAGUUCUGGAACCAAGGAAACAGCAGCAAGUGUGAAAGGUAAAGCAAGGGUGGGAGGGAGCGAAGAUGUAGAGGAGAGAUCAGGGGAGGGGAGGUCAUUUCAGGUUCCACGGGGGCAGAAGAGCUCAAAAUCUAAAACAGAUUUGUCCAAAAAGAACAAGAAUGAGAAAAAUAAAAAAGCAGCAGAGUCAGUGAAGUCAAGUCCACUUCAGAAGACGACUCUGGGCCUCGGGCUCCUCGCUGGUGCCGCCUCGCUGGCAGCUGGAGCAGCUCUGGCCUCCAGAACCCACACCUCCUCCAUGUCUUCUCCUCCUUCUGAGGUUAGAAGCAGUGUUGUCGUAGACAGAGUGAGGGACUUCAACAACCUUGACUCCGAUUCAUGUGCCGCAGAUCUCAGCCGGAAAUCUGAAGUCAAUGAAGGAGUGAUAAAUGCUCCAGAUAGCCCUGGAGGAAGGAGUCAGGAGGAGAGUGAGGAGCACAAACGGUCUGAGGUGGUCAGACAGAUAGAGGAGGAAAGAAAGGACGAUGAAGGGCAGCGAACGAGUGCAGAUGUAAGUGAGGUAGAGGAGGAAGAAGAAGAGAAGGAGGAAGAGGAGAAAUGGAGUCAGAAGUCAGACACUGACACCAGGGAUGAGGAAGAGGAGGAAGAAGGUAGUAAGGCAACAGGAAGUGAAAGUGAGGAGGAGAGUAAAGAUAUAGACAGCAAAAGUGUUGUUGUAGGAGAGGAAGAGGAGGAGGACAAGAGUGGUGCUGAGGAAGAAGAAGAAGAAGAAGAAGAAGAAGAAAGCAAGGCAACAGGAAGUGAAAGGGGAGACCAGAGUGAGGUGAGAAGUGAUGUAGAGGAGGAGGAAGAAGACGAAGACAGUAAAGACACAGGGGUGGAAAAUGAAGAGGAGGGCGAGGAGGAAAGUGAGGAUGAAGAAGAGGAGAGUGAUGUAGCGACUGUGGACAAGGAGGAAGAGGCAAAAUCAGAUAGUAGCACCCAGGAUGAAGGGGAAGAGGAGGAGGAGGAAUCAGGGAAUGAAAGUGAGAGUGCGGAGAGUAAAAAUGAAUGUGAGGAGGAGGAAGAAGAAGAGGAAGAAGUGGAGGAGACAGAUGCAGAAAAGGAGAGUGAAGGAGAGGAAGAUGAAGAAGAAGAAGAGGAGGAGGAAAGUGAGAAUGCAGAGGAGUCAGAGGAAGAGAGUGAUAGUGAAGAAAAGGGGGAGGAGGAAGAGGGGGAGGAAGAAGAAGAGGAGGAGGAAGAGGAAGAAGAAAAAGAGGAGGAGGAAGAAGAAGAGGAUGAGGAGGAGGAAGACGAUGAAGAAGAAGAGGAUGAGCAGGAAGAAGAAGAGGAUGAGGAGAAAGAAGAAGAGGAGGAGGAAGAGGAGGAAGAAGAAGAAGAGAAAAAAGGCAAAAAACAAAGUGCAAAAUUUAAACAGAAGCACAGGUCAGGGGUGAAAGGUCAGAGGAGAGGAGAAGAGUCAGAGGAGUUUUGGGGAGAUGUCUUACCUCAGUACCUCAACUUGAAAUAACCCAGUUAUAAAAAUUAUAAAAAAAGAAUCAACAAACACCUGUGACUGUGCCAGAUCUGAGAGAAUAUAAAGUCUGACGCAGAGGGAGGAGCCAUCAGACAAGUCAAGUUCAGUGUUCACUGGUGACAAUGUAGUUUCAAGACACAAAAAUGACACAAUGGUGACUGGCAAUACUGAAGUCUGUCCAUACUGGGAGAACAAUCGUAGCCGGGGUAAAAACUUGUUUUUCGGGCAAAGUGCUGAGAAGCUACGGAAAAAAGUUUAAAAGAAGGAUUUAUUGACUUUGAACCCUGAUUUUUAUAGAGUCUUGUUCCUUCAGUUAAACCUACUGGUCUUAUCUCCUACAGAAAAAUAUUCUUCAUUAUUUAUUUUGACUCUUUUUCGUCUCACCUGUCGUUCCAUCUGUUGUUUUCAAGGAACUUUUGCUAAAUUAUUUGUUUCUUUUUCUUUGGAGUCCUUUGGGGUGCUGAAGUAAUCUCUCUCUCUUUUUUUUUUUUUUUUGUUCAUUAACCCUCUAUCCACUUGUCGCUCCAGCCUGCUAUAAUAGAUCACAUGUUGUGCCUUUGUGUGUCUGAAGCUCAUGUAUUUUUAAUGUCAUCCUCCUGCUUGGAUCGCUUCUAUUUUUUCUGCAUGUUGUUAUUGUGUGCAGCUGUCAUCACACACACACUUUUUUUAUGUGUGUUUCUUCAUUGAAUCUACUUCUUUGUUUGCUUUCUCAUCCUUUAUUUUACCCUCUUUUGUAAUAAAAGUCUGUGUUUCCUUAGUCUUCUGUUGUUUUUCAUUAUUAUUGUCAUGAUUAUCAACAUGGUUCCCAUCACAAUCAUAACAACAUCAUCAUAACUGUUGGCACCAUCAUCACCAUGUCGUUAUUAUAUACAUUUGCCUCAACGUUAUUGUGAUCAUCACAAACACAUCUCAUCUCAUCACUGUUGGCAGCGUAAUGAACGUGAUCGUAAUUAUUAUUGUUAUCGUUAUUAGCAUAAAGAUAACAAACGUGGUCCUGUUAAUAACAUCAAUAUUAUCAUCGUCAUCGUUGUAAAUAAUAAGGCAUGGUUCCAUACAACUUUAUGUCCGAUACUGCAACUUAUCUGCGUAUCUGCUGAUACCAAUAUCAAUGGGAUACCUUCUUUUCACCUCUAACUUGAGUGUUUUGGCCUAGCUCUCUGAUUGGACGGGCUGUAGUCAUUUGUUUUCGAUGUACAUUCUUGAAAUUUUUGGACCAAUACAGAUCCGAGUAUCGAGUCAUCCCUACAUUCAAUUCAUAAAUAUCACCAUCAACAUUAUUGUUAUCAUCAGUAUCAUAAUGAUUAUUAUCAUUGUUACUGUUAUCACCGUGUGUUAUAAUAACACCAAUCCCAAUAAUUAAUACAUAAUUUUGUUAGGAUUAUUUCUAGUAAUACUCUAAUUUAUUAGUACUGAUAUAAUUAUAUAUAUCGCAAAAUUGUAUAAACUGAUCCUCA